GAUGUGGAGGCAAGGGUCAGAUCAUGAAGCACCUUUUGGCCUUUGAAAGAGCAGUGAGAAUCCAUGGAACUUAUGAGAAUAAUGAUCAGAUUUUUAUCUUAGAAUGCCACAGUGUAAAGAGAUUGAAGGGGAGUAAGUAUGGAAGCAGAGAGAUAAAGAGGCUGUUAAGUAAUACAGACAAGUUAUAAUGUUAGCCUGGUCCAGGGUAGUGAGGGUUGGGACAGUAGUGGAUGAAUUAGAGAAUUGAGUGGGAGAAUCUUAUAGCACUUGAUAGAGUGGGUCCUGAUAGUGACAGAAAGGAGAGACUGAAAGAAAACGCCUAGGUUUCUAUCUUGGGCCUGGAUUUCUUUUACUGAAGUAUGAUAGACUUGAAGGAGUGGGUCGGGAGAAGGGCAGAGUGGGCUCAUGAAUUUCAUAUGGGAUCUGUGGAUGGCUGAAGAGCCUUGUGGUAUUCCAUGGGGAACAUAAUCACUAAGCCAAUGAUGAAGGUGAUAAAAGUCUACCCAUGAGCUUUAGAUGGUAAUGGAUGCCAAAGGAAUAUGUGCGUUCUUCCAGGACUGUAGAUAUAAAACUAUGAGAACAGUAUUUAGGAAAAAACCCGAGAAAACACCAAUAUAUGAGAAUGGAGAAGAAACCAAUCAAAGUGACUGAGAAUGAAUGGUAAGGAAACAAUCAGGAGAACCAAUGUGAGCACAUAGAAUAUAGAAGAUAAGAGUGUUUUAGAAGGGAAAUUAGAGUUAAUAUUCUUUUACAUGCUAACUGAUGAGGAAUGAAGGAAAAGUCUUAAAAGUGGCUUGAAUUUGGAGACGUAGUGUAUUUUUGGUUACAAAAUGUUACAGAUAAUGAUGGUAAAAUCAAUCAUUGACCACCAACUAACAAACAUAAUGUUCAUUUUUAUUCAGGUGUUUAAUGGACACCAUCAUUUUCUCCUAAAGAUACUGAACACAGAGCAUGACAGGAAGAAAUCAAACUAUUAUCUCAGAGUUCCUUCUCCUGGGCCUGCCCAUUAGACCUGAUCAGCAAGACCUGUUCUACACUCUGUUCCUGGCAAUGUAUGUUACCACUGUCCUGGGGAACCUCCUCAUAAUGGUCCUGAUUCGACUGGACCCCCACCUCCACACACCCAUGUAUUUGUUUCUCAGUAACCUGUCUUUCUCUGACCUCUGCUUCUCCUCUGUCACAAUGCCCAAAUUGUUACAGGACAUGCAGAACCAUGUCCCAUCCAUCUCUUAUGCUGGCUGCCUGACACAAAUGUACUUCUUCCUGUUUUUCGCAGACCUGGAGAGCUUCCUCCUUGUGGCCAUGGCCUAUGACCGCUACGUGGCCAUCUGCUUCCCCCUGCACUACACCACCAUCAUGAACCCCAGGCUCUGUCUCUUCCUGGUGGUGCUGUCCUGGGUACUCACCAUGUUCCAUGCCAUGUUGCACACCCUGCUCAUGGCCAGGCUGCAUUUUUGUGAAGACAGUGUGAUCGCCCACUUUUUCUGUGACAUGUCUGCUCUGCUGAAGCUGUCCUGCUCUGACACUCGAGUGAAUGAGCUGGUGAUAUUUAUCACGGGAGGGCUCAUCCUUGUGAUCCCCUUUCUGCUCAUCAUCACGUCCUAUGCUCGAAUCGUGUCCUGCAUCCUCAAGGUCCCUUCUGCCAAGGGCAUCUGCAAAGCCUUCUCUACCUGUGGCUCCCACCUCACUGUGGUGUCCUUGUUUUACGGGACAGUUAUUGGUCUCUACUUAUGCCCAUCAGCUAAUAAUUCCACUGUUAAGGAGACUGUCAUGUCUAUGAUGUACACUGUGGUGACCCCCAUGCUGAACCCCUUCAUCUACAGCCUGAGGAACAGAGACAUGAAGGGAGCUCUGGGAAGAGUCUUUUACAAAAAGAAAACUCCUUUUUCUCUGUAAUGGUAGAGCUGAGAUUUCUACACAAUUGUAUUUAGUAGGUAUAUUGACAUUAAAAUUGGGAUAUUAACCCAGACUUAUGUUUUCCCCAAUGGUCUUUUGGUUAAGUUACAUAGCUAGAAAUUGCCAAAGUAAAAGCUAAAGUGGAGAUAUGUAGCU